CAUUCUCUUCCCCACGGGAAGAACCGCCACUUUCCCUUCCGCUUUCUCUCGGAAACGAGAGAUUUUUUUCUCGGGAAAGUGCGACGGGAAAAUUUUCCUCUCGCCCUCGCCAUCGUUAAAUGUGGCGGAGAUCGGCGUCCUUCAUCCUCGACAAGGGGAACGACGUCGCGGCGCCCCCGAAGCCCGAGUCCCUCGCCCUUUCCCCGCCCCCGACCAACCCGUCCUCCUCCAUGGCGGACACCCUACAGAAUCCUAACCCUAAGGUCUCCGCCUACUACCAGACCCGCGCCGCCCACCACGGCGUCGUCACCAGCGACUGGCUCGCCCAGGCCCAGGCGGCGAUGGGGCCCCACUCGCCGGAGGGCGGCGACAGGUCGAGCUCCGCCGCGGGCUCGGGCGGCGGCGGCGGGGGCGGCGGGGGGCCGUUCAGCGUGAUCGACGAGUUCAACAACUGGAGGCAGCAGCCCGAUUUGGCCGAGGCCGUGGCGGCGAUCCGGGCGCUCGCGGCGGUGAUAAGGGCCAGCGAGGCGACGACCAUGAUGGAGCUCGAGAUUGAGCUCAAGAAGGCCUCUGAUUCGCUAAAGAAAUGGGAUACAACCUCUAUCUCUUUGACAGCGGGCUGUGAUCUCUUCAUCCGUUAUGUGACCAGAACUUCAGCCUUGGAAUACGAGGAAUUCAACUCAGCCAAGUCACGAUUGAUUGAGCGUGCUGAAAAAUUUGGGGAAAUAUCUCAUAAGGCACGGAGGAUCAUCGCAAUGCUUAGUCAAGAUUUUAUUUUUGAUGGUUGUACUAUUUUGGUUCAUGGUUUCUCCAGAGUGGUUCUAGAAGUUCUGAAGACAGCUGUACAAAACAAGAAACUCUUCCGAGUAUUCUGCACAGAGGGAAGACCUGACAGGUCAGGGAUACGGUUAUCGAAUGAGCUUGCCAAGCUCGAUGUUCCUGUGAAGCUCCUGAUUGAUUCAGCAGUGGCGUAUACCAUGGAUGAAGUUGACAUGGUCCUUGUGGGUGCUGACGGUGUAGUCGAAAGUGGUGGCAUCAUCAACUUGAUGGGGACAUACCAAAUUGCAUUGGUGGCACACAGCAUGAAUAAACCUGUAUAUGUGGCUGCUGAAAGUUAUAAGUUCGCUCGCCUUUAUCCUUUGGACCAGAAAGAUAUGGCCCCGGCCUUACGACCCAUUGAUUUUGGGGUGCCAAUCCCAUCUAAAGUUGACGUUGAAACUUCAGCCAGGGAUUAUACGCCGCCCCAAUACCUGACAUUGCUUUUCACUGAUCUGGGAGUUUUGACACCAUCUGUGGUCAGCGAUGAGCUCAUUCAGCUAUACUUGUAGCCAUACUUGGAGCAAAUUUUGUUUAUGUAUGAUAUAUUUCCUAUUGCAGAAGGUGGUAACAAUGAGCUAUAUUAUUGCCUUUUGGCAGUGCAUGAUUUACCUGGAAUCAAUCAAUAACUAGUGCAUGAGUGCUUUUCUUGGUUGGAGAAUAAA